AUGGAUUCCAUCAAGACCAAGGAUGUCGCGCCGGAGAAGAAGGACAAGCAGCCACAGCUCAGCGACGUCGAGCAAUAUCAACGCCGAUGGGAGCAGUUGAUGGACGAUACGGCUAAGCAGAUCCAAAAGAUUCGAGGUACGAUCGUGACGUCUGAUGCAUCACAUGCGGGGAUCACUGACACUUUCCGGUUGAAAGACGAGGAACAAAGGAAAACCGCUCAGGGCUCGCGAUAA